GACACCACCGUGACUGUGCAGUCGCACUUUACUCUUGGGCUAGUGUUUGCUUGUUUUGAAAUCUUGAUCUAGAUUGGCACUCAGCGGUUUGGCUUUGCUCUUUCUUCUCUUCCAUGAGUGAAUUUUAGAUUGUUAGUAUUUUUUAUGUGCGGUUUCUGAAACGGCUUCUAGAAGAGCACUCUUCCUCACUUAACACAGUAUCCCCCCCACCAGGCGGCCAGAAACAAAACCUUCUACGGGCAAGUACCCCUCCCCCAUAUCGGAACUAGCAACUUUUUUUUUUAACAGACAAAUGAGAUAAAAAAAGUAUUAAAGACGAUAUGAGAUGAUGGACAUGAAUUGUGAAGCUGCUUCUGCCACUUCUACUGCUGCUGCCCUUGUCCCUAUUUCCUCAGGUGGUGCUACCACUGCAGCUGUCCAGCCACUUCAUUGCCAAUGUGCAGUAGCCAGAAAGAGAAAAGUGAUCAAACAUAAAAGGUUUGGAAAAGUAAGAAAUUCUAACUUCUUGAAGCAAAGAAAGUUGAGACAACAGAACAAGAAACUAGCCCGACUGCACUUACUGAACAGAAUCCAUCGACGUGGAAAAGGGACAGCAAAUGGGCAGCCUUUAAAGUCAUCUGCCAUAACACAGACAGACAUUCCUGGAAAUGAUUGCUUAGGGGACAUGCAGACAUUGCCUCAAACUGGAACUGAUGGAGUGGCCCCUUCACAGCAGCCUCCACUUUUGGAUAGAGGUGAUCUGAUGGAACUAGAAGUAAAUGAGGCAGAGAGCAGCUCUGGGAGUGGCACAGACAUGUUUAAUCAGGAGGAUAAUAUGUUGGUAGACAAUGUUGUUGAACUUUUAGAGCAGCUACGGUAUCACACUCAUCAGGAGGAUGGCAUCUCUAUCUGCCCUUAUUUUCUGAGCAGUUUGUGUUGGCAUGCCAGUCAGUGUCCACAACACCACACGGUAUUGCCAUAUCAUUGGCAGCUGCGCAGAAAAGGGACUCGGUGGUGGGAGAGCCUUCGAGAUGAUGUCAGCGAAAUGAUUGAACGUUUUUACUGUGACCCAAAUUGCAACCAUGUCACUUUGGUUAUAAGAGGUACUUGCUGCACACUGAAUUUUGCUGACAUGUCAGUAACUCAUUGGCCAGGUGUGCAUGUGCCUUUUGAUGCUGCUAGAAGACUCAGUACUUCCUCUGAUCCUUUUAACACCAUUCAUUUCCAGUACAAGUACUACUGGAGAGAUGAGGGUUGUUGGAAGGAGUACAACCAGCAAUUUCUAACUGCAAUUGUGGAUGCCUUAAAUAAGGGCCAGCUAGAGGCCCAAGUGUCAACAGUGCUACACAACUACCUCAUCUCCUUCUCUGGAGGCUUUCAGCAGAAUGUAGCUACAGGGAAGAAACGUGCAAUUCGAUUACGUCCAGUCUUUAAGGCUCGUGUGGUACUUAUGCCAUACCUCAGAACACUUUCAGGAACUCCUCUGCCAGGGAAUGAAAGUAAAUCAACUGCGGUUAGUCAUAUUCCUAAUCCCAACAGUCCAUAUCCUGAAACCUGGACUCAGUUUGAUAAUACCCAAGACUUCAAACGGGUAGCUCUAGCUGUUGAGGAUCCUGCCUAUCGCACUGUCUAUCAACAUUUCCAUAAGACCAUGACGGAGUCUCAGUACAUCAUUCUCAGUAUUGCUCGUGUGCAGAACCACUUCCUUUGGGACAAGUAUAAACGCAAAAAGGAAUACAUGUUCCGAAAGAUGUCUCCGCAGGAAAAGCUGCGUAAUGAACGUCACCUCUUCCAUGGAACCUCCCAGUGUGCAAUUGAUGCUAUCUGCAAGCAUAAUUUUGAUCCUCGACUCUCUGGCAAACACGCCACCGUUUAUGGACAAGGAAGUUACUUUGCUCGUUAUGCCAGCUACUCCCAUCGCUAUGCACAACCAUCUCAGAAUGGAGAACAUUAUGUUUUCCUAUCCAAAGUUCUGGUUGGAAAAUCAGUUGUGGGAAAACCGGACAUGCGUCGACCUCCACCUGUGCAUCUGGAUAACCCUACCAGUGAUCUUUAUGACUCUUGCGUUGAUAAACUUACAGAUCCAAGUAUAUAUGUGAUUUUUGAAAAUGACCAGUGCUACCCUUAUUUCUUAAUCAAGUAUAAACCAUUAUUACCAACUGUAAAUGUGGACUGAAAGCAAAGAAUUUCAGCAAGUGAAGACUCGCUGCCAUGUCCUGUGAGAUAAAAGAGUUGUUAACUCUCAUGUUAUAGUGGAGAAGAUGAUGUAUGUGGCUCUUCAGCCAGUGCCUCUCCAAUGACUUGUCAGGAAGUGAUUAUUACCAAAGAACUGAAAGAGUUCAUACACAUACAUAUUCUUUCCUCUCUAGCAACCCAUUUAUUUUCACAGCUGCUGCGUGGGAGAAUGACAAGGGUAAACUUAGCAGGCAGGGUCAGAGAAGUCUGUAUGACAUGGUUAGAGAUACAAAGAAUGAAUUCACUGCUCAUCCAAGACAAAUCCAAGAACAAACAAGCUCCUUAUUAUUUGUCUUCCUGUAGACUGUUUAUUAGUUGCAGGACAGAAAGCCAUGCAUUUCUGUGUUCUUCAAAGAGUAGCAGAAUAGAAAUAAACCUGAAGAUGGAAAGUCACACCACAAGGCAGACAUUUCGUCCUCCAAGUUCCAAUUAAUGAUAUAACUGGCACAAUAAAUAACACUCCAGUUUAAAACAUCUAACAUUUCAUUUGUUUUGGUGCAUAAACUCAAAAGUGUGUGUUUAUGUAUUUUUAAAGUUAAAUUGGAUUUCUUUCUUCUCACUUUCUAAUGUUGGCCAUGUUUAUCUGUAUAGUUUUAAGUGUUCUGCUUCAAAAUUGCACAUUUUGGCACGAAGGUCAAUUAACUUUAGAAGCCUUCAGAUUUUGAGUAACCAUUCUAGUUACAAAUUAAAACAACAGUGUGCAAUACGUAAAGGUUAACUGCUCUAGCCUUCAGUUGGGAAUUUUCCAUUUUUCCAUAGCUGUGGUUUUCUUAACAUUGUUCACUGUAGUAAACUGUAUCUGCUGCUUUUCAUUGCAUUUAAGAUCUCAGCCAUCAUCCAUGCCAAAUUUAACUUAACUGACAAUGUUUGCAGGCCUCAGCACAACAUGAUUUUGUAUUUAGGCAGGUCUGUAAAGUAUGAAUAGUAAGUUUGCCUGCAGAGAGGAUUAUAUCAGGGUAGACUGUGUCCUGUAAUUGCCAACUACCUGGGGAUGGUGUGGGUGUUGGGAGGUGUCCAAAAGCAAUCACAUGAGGACCUGCUCUAAAUUACAAUAAAUUAGUAAACCACAAGCACAGUAUUACAAGGGGCCAGCAUUAAUAAGCCUUUAUUUUUGGGUGCCUAUCAAAAAAAGAAGCCCAUAUUAAAUACAUUAAUAUCAAAAAUAUUUGUUUAUUGUUAGUUAGUGUUCAUUAUGUAUAGUUAGUGAGUUGCUUCAAUUAAUAUGCCCAGUCACUGUCUGGAGUUUGCACAUAUGUAUGUCUGUGGGGAUGUUCCUCCUGCCAACCUGACUUUCCCGUGUGUGUUUUGCUGAUAAUUCUAGAUUGGCCCUGUAUGCUUUAUAAGUAGGCCACUGCAUUUUACUGCUGUCCCUUCCAGCGUUGAUUCCUGCCUUGCAAGUAGUGCUGUGAAGAUAGGCUCUGACCACCCAAUGACAACAAUGUGGAUUAAGCAGGUUUGAAUGUUAGGAUACGUUAAUGUUUUAUGUAGUGAGGUCCUGGAAUAGAAAUACGUCUUGAGAUGCUUAUGUCUGCUUUGAACGUAGAAUUACAAUUGCAAAAUUGCUUGGAGCCUUUUGUGGAUGUGCAAUGUUUUUAUUGUUAAACUGCAUAUAGUGUUUUGUUUGGAUAUUGGUGCCCAAGCAAUGAUAAAAUGCCAUCGUCUUGCAGCAUAAAUGUCCAUGCUACAUACUUACCAGUGAAGAUUUAACUGAUUAAUGAUGAACAAAUGAGUUCACCAUUCAACCCUUUCAGCUUAUGAAUAUAUUCUUGUAAAUGAGUAACCUUAUUAAAACUAAUUUUUAUAGGUACAUAGUAUAAGUCAAAUCUGUCAUCUGUCACAGUGAUUCACAGUACAGAUAACAAAUAGUAACAGAUUAGUAACAUAGUAGUAACAGAUUUGUUGUGAAACACUGAAAAAUCUCUCCUAGUAGACAGGGUUCAUGUUUAGUUUGUGGAAAUGUCAUAAUUCAUUUUUAUUUGCUGUAGCAGAAAGGCCUUAGUAAUCUUGGGACAAUGGAUGAGAUUAAAUUUAGACAUUAUCUGGGAUUGUACCAAUAUAACUAAUUUCAGUCAUGCAGUGGAAUUUCAUGUCAGCUGUUCUUUUGUUCUUUGAAAUGGUGUGUUUACUACUUACUGUAUUUGUGUUAUGAGUUUUUGUCCAUGUUCUCUUCUUGUUUAAUUCACUGUGUCCAUGUCAGCUAUGGUUCCAUUUUAAAUGUUUUUCAUAAAUUCCCGUGCUGGGCUGAAUUGCCAUGGAUUUGCACCACAAUUUGAAGAUUUACAAUGCAGUACACUACCAAAAACCUGAAAUGUGUCUCAGAAUUGACCUCCGCAUAGCAUAAGCUUAGUCAGCCACGCAGAGACCACUUCUAAAAACUGAGUGGCGCACUUCCUGGUGACAUCUGCUCAUCUCUCCGUGUCAGCCCCUUUCCUACAUUUUCCGUGCAGCAUCACCUCUACAUGGGCUGGUGAUAAAAAAGCUCUCUGGGGCAUCUUUAAAUAAAGCAGCAGCUAAAACGAUGCCCAAACUAAACCUCUGUCCAGCCAUCACUGUUUGGCAGGCCAAUGAUAUGUAGAUGUUCUUCCUUUCUUCUUUCUUCUAAGUUAUAUUGUUAUUAUAUUGUUAUCUGCCAUGGGGAUUAGCAAUGAACUUAGUUAAACAGACUUAAGAUUGAUCCUUUUAGAAUAAACAAGUAAAAAUGCAUACAUUUACAUUCAGUUUAGAAAAUCACACAAAUAUUUCCAUACUAUUUCAUCCUAACUUAUUAACAUCAAGGCUUGGAGAACGAUAGACUGUACCAGCAGUAGUGGCACUCUGGUUCAAAUACUUAAAAAAUAUCCAAAUAUUGGUAGCUAAAGAAGAAAAUACUGUUCAGUAGUGCUGUUCACAGGCAUCAGAUUGCCCAUGUGCACUAGAAUAGCGAUGGCACCUGUCCAUACAGUGCAAUUAUGACAGUGUUUCUGCUUCAUUGCUAUACUAAAUACAAUUUGAAAAGCUUUUCACUGCCCAGAUUUGUAUUUUUUGACUCUGAGCUGCCAUUUUAUCCAAAUAUUGAUUUAUGUGUAGAAUUGAUAGAUUUCUAACAAAUUUACUGAAUACACACACAGAUACAUCAAUCUUCUAUUGACUACUCAAGUAUUCUGUUUCUGACGUUGUGUAAAUAUGUAUGUUAUGUAUAGGUAUACAUUUACAUGCAAUAUUGGUUAAAAACCGAGCAACUUGUACUUGUACACUGUACUUGUGUGAACAAUGAACUGAGUAACUUCCAAGAAAAAUGUAAGAACUAAAUGGAAGACAAAAACCUUAGUUUUAGUUUUCUUAACUUACCGAAUGCCACUUGACUGCUGCUGAAGAUGGGUUUUUUUUUUAAAUUUUUUGCAGGCCCUUUCUGACGUGAGCCCCAAUCAUUUGCCCUACUGAUUCAGACUGGUUUGAAAGAAAAGCUUAUUUUGACCCACUGCAAAGACAAAAAAAAACACUUGAGCUCCCAUGCAGCCCCCCUCUCUUGUCAAUCUGUUCUUAAACAGCUGCAGAAAUAUCCAUUACAUGGCCCCCCAAGCUCGCACACAACAGCUACCAUAACAGUUGCUUGUCUUUUAAUAUUUGCCACAUCUGCUGUAAGACAAUGUGUGGGAUGUCAUUACUGUGUAUAUUGUUGAAUUCUCGAUGAGACGUUUGAUUUUAUUUCUGCUGUUCUCCUUUCUCAUAGUAACCUUUCACCCCAGCUGUUUAAGGGAGCUUUACCUAUUCAUACAAGAUAUCAGAUCUUGCCUGAAGAAGGAGCCUGAGCUGCUUCGAAAGCUUGCAUAUUGUAAUCUAAUUCUAUUCAGCCAAUAAAAAGUGUAAUUUUGCUUAACUUCUCACUAACUAGGGGACAAAAGGGGGGAAUUCCUGGAAUAAUGUGGUGCAAGUGUUUAUACCAACUAAACAAACUGCAACUUAAGAAAUAUUGAAUUAAAGAAAAAUUGUAUUUUAAUGCUUGGACCCAGACUCGUUAUAAACAAAAACAGAGCUGUGAUUUACCUAUAAACCACACUAGAGACAAAAGACUGAAAUAGCCAUCCCUCUUCUGAACUCUUCCAACAGCAUCACUGGUGGCCUAGGCCGAGGAGAGGUUUACUCUUCUUAAACAACAUUGUGAACCUCUCUCUAUGUAAAGCUGAAGUGAUAUGACAGCUUUCACAUAGUAUUCCGGAGACCACCAUUAUGUAUUUAAACACAUUCACCGUGAGGAUGCACUUUGUGAAUAUUUCAAUGGCACAGCUUUCCCACCACCUCAGCAAAAAGAGGCAGAGUGACUUCUGAUUUGUUCAGCAGUCUUGCACUAUGAAUGAGGACCUGGAUGAAGAUCAUUGCCGCUAAGCCAUUUGAUGCUCAGCUCGUCAUGAUAAGGUACUUUAAUCUGCACAUUUGCUUACUCAUUGAACUGGAGAAUCGGCGACUGCAACAUUUCUUUGCAAGAGAAAAUCUUACGCUCUGCAAUUUAUGCAUUUUUUUCAACCUGUUUGGGUUGUAGUUUCAGUCUUUGGUUGAAGUAUUGACUGAACAGCUUCACCAAUUGAUUGUUUUCUUUGUAUUCUGGUACCGCAAAAUGCACUUUAUAUGAAUCACCAUCCGCAUCAUCAUUUAUGCCUUCCAGCACCAAACCGUUUCCUUUUUUAGUCUUAAAAGCAAUGUGAAAAGUCAGUGUUACUUUGCUUCUUGUAAAUGGAGAAACUGCUCUAAUUGAACUUUAGCAAAGGUGUGCUUUUUAAACUCUGUAAUGUCAUGCCAGCCAUUUGUACCUCUUUUUUUUGUAUUUUUUUUUUUAAAUCCGGCUCAUUCAACACAGGCUGAACUGAAGUGGCUGAUUCCCAACUUUUGGUCCAUAAUAAUCACACUUUUCAUUCCUACCAUUUUCUUAAUAAGAGUUUGAUUUUUGUUUUUUUCUGUAGAGUCUUGCACUUAAUAUUUGUUUUAGUUUAUAAAUAGACUUAAUAACCUGAAGUCUUUUCAUUCCAUUAAGCUUUUUAAUUCAACUCUGCCAUGCUAGUAUUUUCAAGUUCCAUAAUGAACUCUUUGGUAUAUUGGGCUUGUGCUUUUACUUUUGUCCUAACCAAUUUUUUCAUCAGACUAAUUCCAAAUUUUAAAUUAAAUAGGUUUAGUAAACAUUACCCUCUUUCUUUAUGCAUAUACUUUAUUUUGUCAUUUCUAAUUGUAGGCAUGACUGUUAUUUUUUUUUUAAUUGUGCAGCGAAUAAUACACUGAAAGUGGUGGCAAAUAUGUAUGUGCUUUAUUUGAAAAAAUAAAAACACAAUCUUGUGUGUUUGUGAAGGUUCAAAGUAAAUGCCAAAAUUGUUCAACUAAAUACAAAAAUUGAUUACACUUGGAGUAUUUAAGUUGCAGCUGGCAGAGGCUGUAAGGGCCAGGAUUGGGACACACUGCACACAAGAGUGAUAUGAAUUAACGCUUGGUCUUGUGGAUCUUUUGAGGCAGCAGGCAUCACCAUAAACUGCGGUAUCAAAGCCUUAAGAAGUCUGGUGAGUCCCUGUAGUGU